AUGGACCCCGUUCUAGCAGAAAGCAAUCUCGCCUAUCAUGGACUUCAGAUAACUUCAAGUGAUAGUGACACCGAUGACACGGGUGUCAAAUCACAAAGGGCUCAAACCGAUCAAAUUAAGUCGCUGAUUAGGACAUUUCUUGAGGAUAUCGGUUUUGAUCGCAGCAUUGUCGUGAUUGAAGACCAUGAGAUGAGGAGCGCUGUUUGGCAGUACUUCAAAGGCUUGGACCUAGGACAGAAUACCGAGAAAUCGGUCCACCAAACACUCGACCCUUCGGUAAACUUUGCAUACAUGGGUUAUACAUCUCUUCCCUUUCAGGUGAGGGUGCUAGCUGCCAUUCAAUUCCUGUAUAUGUUUCUAGUGGAUGAUGUGGCGGAGGAAUUUAUAGAGGAUCUUCAAGCAUUUGGUCAACACUUUGUUCUGGAUCGGCCUCACAAGCACGCCCUCCUCACUGGGCUAGAUGGUCACCUUCGCCAUCUAUCACAGUAUUACGGUCCAUAUUGCCACUCUGUGAUGGUUAAAGGCAUGCUUGAUUAUAUCAAUGGUCGUGUCAUCGAGCAUAAGAUCAAGCAGUCCAGUUUCAAGUUUUCGUCCGAGUCCCGCCUUAUGCCUAUGUUCCUGAGAACUAAGGUUGGAGGUGCAGAGAUCAUGGUCCAUCUUCUCUAUCCCAAUUCCGUCUUUCCCGAAGACGAAUACGUGAUGCAAUAUUUUCCAGUCACCCUGGAACUUGUCCUGUUCAUUGAUUUUACGAAUGAUAUCUUGUCCUAUUACAAGGAGUUCUGUCUCAGUGAUGAAACUGGAAAUUUCGUGGCGAAUUUCGCCGACACGCAUCAUGUCCAACAUUUGGAUGUCUUACGGUAUCUCACGAGCUAUAUGCCUAGUGUCACUAAAUCGGCUUAUAAACUGCUUCGAAAUAGUCCAUCGCUGCUCGCUUUGAUUAAGAAUUUCGCCCAAGGAAUGAUUAUGCUCUUCACAGCGCAUCGUCGAUACCAUCUAGUGGAGUUGUUUGCGGAUGAGCAAUAUUUGCCGCCUUAUGAUGAGGAUGCAUAG